AUGGAGCUCGGCCUGCUGUUUGAAUGCCGCCUGGCCAAGGUCGAGAUGGACAAGCCGAUUGCGCUCCUGGUGCGCCGCGGGGGCAACGGGCCCGGCGCGUCCAUGGACGUCGUCCCGCCCGCGCGGCAGACGCCGGCGCAGCGGGAGACCGUGCGGCAGCUGCAGCCGCGCGCGGAGCGGGGCUGGUGGGAGAGCGGGCACGGGGGCUGGACGCUCUUCCCGGUCGAUUCGGAGCAAUACGCGGCGCUCGGCGGCAACCUGGCGACCAUACCUUUGGCGGCGCUCACCGGCGCCGGCGCCGCAGCGCCCGCCCCCGCGCCCGCGCCUGCACCGCCGCCCGCCCUCGCGGCCGGCGCGCUGCCCACUGCCAGCGACCUCAUCACAAUGAUGAACGCUACCGGCCCGAGGUCGUGCACCUGCUGA